CAAACCUUGACAUUGACAUCUCAGUGUCAUCUUCGUAUAAUUCAAAACAUGGGUAAAUUAUCAGAAAAUAAACAACAUAAUUGACUGGUGACGCAAAUAAUCAGUAUUAAUUAAUGUGCACGGUCAGCAUUAAUUGAAAAAUUGCGGACGGAAGUUGUCUUCAUACUCUUGCUUUUUAUUGGAAAGUCUAUAGCCUACUUUUCCAAUUCCUCAUCAUGAUUGACAACCAGAAUUUGUUAAUUAUAUGGUGAAGAGAAAAUUGAUCUGUAAUUCCUUUCUUAUGCAUUGAGUUUGGAUGAAUUUUGGCGAAAAUGACUGGACACGCAGUUGUAGUUUGGGAAUAUGAGAUCAGAUCAGGAUACUGGAAACCAUAUAGUCCUGCAGUAACCCAACACUUAGAAAGAGCUAAUGGUAAACAGUUGACAAGAGUUAUUUUGUCUGAUGCUGACCCAAAUUUGCUGAAUUUUUUUGUGAAUUUGAGGACUUUGACACAAGAGUUAGAAGAUUCAGAUUCUGUUAUAAAAGUUAGAAGAAAAUGUUAUCCCCCUUCUUCCCCAGCUGGUAAAGGAGCUAAAUGGGAGUGUGCAAGUUUAGAAAAUUCCUUAGAAUGGCAUCCGUUUGAUAUGGAUAUUCAAUGUUUAAUAGAGGAAGCUUGGUCUAGAGGAGAUCAAAUAAUAGACAUGACCAAAACUCACUUAGGCUUUCCGUAUAUAAUAAAUUUCAAUAAUUUAACACAAAAAUGGUUGACAAAUGGGUUUGUAAGAAGUGUUAGAAGAAUAAAACAAGCUCCAUAUCCGCUAGUUAAAGUUAGAUUAGAAGAACUCGUUCCAGUUAUUGGUAGGAGAAGCUCGGAUAUAAGAAAUUCUGCAAGAUGUGUAAAUGCUCAAAAUCAGGGUAAAGUUAUUGGAAGUACUGCUGCUUUGAAUGCAUCAGAUAGCAAUAAGAAAAAUGGGAAGAAAAAAGGUAGUGGGAAGAAUAAAAAUGGUGAAACAACUCCGGCAAAUUUGGCUAGGCAAAUACUACAUAACCUCAAUAUAUUUAGUAAUAAAUCCUCACCUGUAACGACACCCCAAGUUGUGGACAGCAAAACCUACAAGGAGUGUUUGUUGGACGUUGACAGCAGUAGUACAAAGUCGGGAAGAAGGCCAAGUUUAGACACGGUCUCGACAUACCUCAGUCAAGAGAGUAGGGAGAGUCAGAUUACAAGUUCCACUGCCGAAUUGAUCCAUUGUAGUGCCAGUAGUGAAGAUGACAGUGAACAUCAUGAAGUAUCAGCUAUUGUUGGUCUAGAUCCGGCCAGUUCUAUUAUCUCCCGGUUUGUUAGAGUGUCUUUGCCAAGCGAAUGGACCCCCAGACAACCCUGUCCCCUCUGCAGGCAGCCUCUAAAACCAUCGAUAGUUGUUAUAGCAUUGCCGUGCAACCAUGUCUUACACUUAGACUGCCUCAACUAUUCACUCACCGAACUGCAGGAAUCUGGCAGUGAGCUCCACAUCCACUGUGCGGUCUGUGGAUGCGUUUACGGCGAGAAACAUGGUAAUCAGCCCUCAGGUACCAUGGAAUGGGGCGUAAUCGACAAAAAAUUGCCCGGGCAUCCGAACUGCAACACCAUACAAAUCGUAUACAACAUUCAGUCUGGCAUCCAAGGUCCGGAGCAUCCGAACCCUGGGAGGGAAUACUACGCAGUGGGCUUCCCCAGGAUAGCCUACCUGCCGGACAACCCGAAGGGCAGGAAGAUCUUCCGUCUGUUGAGGAUAGCGUGGCAACGAAAACUCAUCUUCACCAUAACCAGAUCUCACACCACGGGCUGCGAAGACGUGGUCUCCUGGAACAUCCCCCAUAAGACUGAAAUCGGGGCCCGCGGCGGCCCCCACAGUUAUCCGGAUUCGGGGUAUCUGAACAGGGUGAUGUUGGAACUGAAGGCCUUGGGAAUCGUAGAAGAGGACGGUAAGAAGGCGAAGAGAUGAUUGUUGGUGGGAUUCAUGAAGAAGAUCAAGAAAAUCAGACGGUAUUUUUGAUUGAGAGGUCGGUUUGAUUUCGAACAAGACUGAUUUUUGAUUGGGGAUCAUCGCCCCUUUAUCGGUGAAAUACAAAGUUAUCAAUAUUUAUUAGUGCUUUUCAGUGAGUCGCUCACGAUGGAGAAAGUUUUCGGCAAACUGAAAAUCACUAUCUAUUUAACAGUAUUUACGAGUAUAUUCUUAAUACCUCUGUAUUUGCAGUUGUAAUCCUAUACAUUCCUCGAAUUGAAAAUAUGGAAAUUUCCAUAUGAGCAAUAAUCUUUAAAGUAAGCUUUAUUACAAACAUAUGUGCCAAUAAGAAUAUAUAUUUUGUAUAUAUACUACCCGUUUAAUAGCUUUAAUAUUAUGAACAUACAGUAUUUUAUUCUAAAGGUAAACGAGAAUAUUUAAAUAUGAAAAUAUAUUAACAGCUCAAAUUAUAUGUGUAAUCUAGAAAAAUAGUGAAUUUUUAUGAUAUCGUCUCGUUUCAAAUUUUUAUUGAGUAUUUUUAUAUAACUAUUGAAAAGUUUUUUAUGAAUAUAGGAUUUCAAUUCUAUUGAAAUUCGUAUUCACUUUUUGAUUACUACAGAUGAAGUUGAAGAAAAAUUUCAACAUUUUAGUGCAAUUUCUUGGCAGCAAUUUGUGUUAUGUUCACAUCUUAUAUGAAAUUUUGUUUAUUUAGUUUGUUAUUUUUAUUAUUUUGUUUUUUUGAUACUCCUCAGAUAUAUCUUGAAAUAGUUCAAUAAAAAUAUUGAAGAAUUCAAA